AUGCCCGUAGAGACGCGUUUAGAUAGUUUAGUGCGAGGAAAAAGUGAAGUGAAAGCCUACGUCAGAGGAUGUCCCUCGGUGGUCACGGAAGCCGGGGCGUGUGACGCGCUCUUCGACAUGAGACGCCGCUGGUCAAACAACGGAUGUUUCCCUCUGCGAAUGUUUGAGGAGAGCUCCUCUGAAGUGACUUCUUCCUCGGCGUUCGGGAUGCCGGCGGCCAUGGUAAUGUCACCGGAGUCGCUGGCGUCGCCAGAGUACGGCGGCCUCGAGCUCUGGAGCUACGAUGAGACCAUGACAAACUAUCCGGCGCAGUCACUGCUCGGCGCGUGUAAUGCGCCGCAGCAGCAGCAGCAACAGCAACAACAGCAGCCGUCCGCUCAGCCGCUGCCGUCUAUGCCGCUGCCGAUGCCUCCUACGACUCCUAAAUCAGAAAACGAGUCCAUGUCGUCAGGUCGAGAAGAAUUAUCACCGGCCUCAAGUAUAAAUGGAUGUAGUACUGAUGGGGAACCAAGACGACAGAAGAAAGGGCCAGCGCCGCGCCAGCAGGAGGAACUGUGCCUUGUUUGCGGCGACAGGGCUUCGGGAUAUCACUAUAACGCGCUUACGUGCGAAGGAUGUAAAGGGUUCUUCAGGCGGAGUGUGACCAAGAAUGCGGUAUAUAUUUGUAAAUUUGGACACGCCUGCGAGAUGGACAUGUACAUGAGGAGAAAAUGCCAAGAGUGUCGGUUGAAGAAAUGCCUCGCGGUGGGCAUGAGGCCCGAGUGCGUCGUCCCAGAGUCCACGUGCAAGAACAAAAGAAGAGAAAAGGAAGCACAGAGAGAAAAAGACAAACUGCCAGUCAGUACGACGACAGUGGACGAUCAUAUGCCUGCCAUAAUGCAAUGUGACCCUCCGCCCCCAGAGGCGGCAAGGAUUCUGGAAUGUUUGCAGCACGAAGUGGUCCCGAGGUUCCUAACGGAGAAGCUAAUGGAGCAGAACAGACUGAAGAAUGUGACGCCGCUGUCGGCGAACCAGAAGUCCCUGAUCGCGAGGCUCGUGUGGUACCAGGAGGGGUACGAGCAGCCGUCGGAGGAAGAUCUCAAGAGAGUUACACAGACAUGGCAGUUAGAAGAAGAAGAAGAGGAGGAAACUGACAUGCCCUUCCGUCAGAUCACAGAGAUGACGAUCUUAACAGUGCAGCUUAUUGUAGAAUUCGCAAAGGGACUACCAGGAUUCUCCAAGAUAUCUCAGUCCGAUCAAAUUACAUUAUUAAAGGCGUCAUCAAGCGAAGUGAUGAUGCUGCGAGUGGCGCGACGGUACGACGCGGCGACGGACAGCGUGUUGUUCGCGAACAACCAGGCGUACACGCGCGACAAUUACCGCAAGGCGGGCAUGUCCUACGUCAUCGAGGACCUGCUGCACUUCUGUCGGUGUAUGUACUCCAUGAGCAUGGACAAUGUGCACUACGCGCUGCUCACCGCCAUCGUUAUAUUCUCAGACCGGCCAGGCCUCGAGCAACCCCUUUUAGUGGAGGAAAUCCAGAGAUACUACUUGAAGACGCUGCGGGUUUACAUUUUAAAUCAGCACAGCGCGUCGCCUCGCUGCGCCGUGCUGUUCGGCAAGAUCCUCGGCGUGCUGACGGAACUGCGCACGCUCGGCACGCAGAACUCCAACAUGUGCAUCUCGCUGAAGCUGAAGAACAGGAAACUUCCGCCAUUCCUCGAGGAGAUCUGGGACGUGGCCGAAGUGUCGACGACGCAGCCGACGCCGGGGGUGGCGGCGCAGGUGACCCCCAUCGUGGUGGACAACCCCGCGGCGCUCUAGCUGGCGCGCCGGCGCCGCGCCCCGCCGCCCCCGCCGCCGCCGCUCCCCGCGCCGCCGCCGCGCGCCCCCGCGGCCUGCGCUGAGUGCGGGACCCGCCCCGAGGAGAGAACGCUCAUAGACUGGCUAGUUUUAGUGAAGUGCACGGACGCGAUCGUGGGACCGCAUCGACGCGUCCGUGAGGACAGUGCAAAUAUUACCGCUAGGGCCGGUUCGUACGUGUCCGGUGACCGACGACGAUGAUGCGCGUGAGAUUAGUGAAUAUAUGUGUUGUUGAACGUUUGGAGAGUAUAUUUAGUGUUGAUCGUCGGGAGCGCCGCGGCCGGCGCGUGUCGGCGAGCUGUCCGCCGCGCGCCGGCCGCGGCGACUCCGCGUUUUUUUCGUUUGCGACCGGAAACCGAGUCGGUCACUCGGAUACGCCCGUAUGAUAAGACUUCUUUCGAUAAAUAAGUUCACCUGUAUUGCGCGUACAUACGAGAAUUAUAAAGAAAAAAAGUAAUAUAUGAAGAGAUGUUUCUAUUGGGUGAAAAGUUUAAACUUAUGUUUAUUUACCAAAAUUAACUAUACGUUGAUCGACCUUUUGACUAUAAUAUUGUGCUGGGUCGUUGGCAGCGGCCGACGAACGCGCGCCGACCAUAUUUGUUUAUAUAUAGUUUAUGUGAGACGUUAUCGUGUCGUGUCCACUUAGUUCCGAUUCAUGUUCCACCAUCCAGUGCCCGUGUCCUCGACUAGACGAAUAAUUAUAAUUUAUUAUUGCUGUGAUUACAUUUAUAACAUGUUGAAUUACCUAUCGUAGGAAGAUAUAAGUGCGUCUUAUUAAUUUAAUGACAUUUGUCGUCGGUAGCUUUUGCAGACAUACUCGUUUCCAGUUGUAGUUGUUUCAGUGAACAUGGACACACGAGCACUUGUACUGGUCACACUCGAUCGUAACGUUACAUAUUGACAGUCCGCUGCAGCCACUGCGGCGCCCAAGGUCUGGUUUACAUUCGCUCGAAUAGUUUAUGAUGUUCACUUUCAACCAUUCAAGUACUGAAAGGCCAAAUAAUGUAACAAUUUGUGCAAUUUAAUAUUAUUUUCCAUAAGUAUAAAUAUCUUAGAACACAUAAAACUGUAACACAUUUUAUUCUACAUUGGAGGCAGGUUUGGGAGUAGCGAGCGGUUGAAAAAGUAUCCUUAACGUAGCGGUUAUAGAGGCGUGGAUGCGCCUGGGCAGCUGCUUGUAGAUUUCUAGUAGUAAUAGCUCGCAAUGGCAACGUGGGCUCCCACAUUCAAAUACAUUUCUAAGUACAAAAGGCAGCUAGUUGUUUUUUAAUGUUAUGUAAAAUAAACAGAAUGUUAAAGUUUCUAUAUGUAUUUGGCCGAGCUUACUCUAUGGGAACAAUGUUGAUAGUAUAGGCGAAGAAUAGUUCGGCGUCCAGCGACGUGACAGCGUCGGUACACCCAAACCUGCGCUCGCAUACUGCGUGGAAUUUGUACAAUCGUCAUUAAGUAACGUGAAAAUAUUGUAUAGUGUAUCUAUUGUAAUACUAAAAUGCAUGUUCAACAUAUUGCGACAUACUGCCGGAAAGUACGAUUUACAUACGAAAUGCCUUAUUUCGCGUUACCUGUAUUGUGUACCUACAUUGUUGGUGAGUGGAAAAAUCAUAGUAUAUAGAACUUAAAAUUAAUCGAUCUCAAUUACCGGUAAGCGUUGUUAAACCGUACGUUAAGCGUGUUUCCGUUCGUGGCAUCAUUCUCAUUCGACGACGCUCCACCUCGCUCGACGGUGUCCGUCUCGAAGCUUCCUCACAAUGUGUCCGUUACACACACACACACACACUACCGUAGUGCUAUCAUCUCGUAUCCUCACUGUCAGUGUCACCGCUCGCGACAUUUCACCACAUUAUGCGGUUAAGUAAUAAUAGUAAGUGUCUGUUUGGUGCAUGUUGAAUGUGUCUUCUUUACAUGCCAUUAGGAGUGUUGUGUAUAUUUACAUUACGAGUAUGAUUGGAGUUUUUGAAAAUGCAUUUCUUAUACGUAUAAAAAUUCAGCGUGAGACGAUCGGGCUUGCACCGCGGAGCGCGCUAGUCCGCUUUAAACGAUAUUUUCGAUUUAAAAUAAUUUUAUUGUAGCAUUAGGCCUUUCUAAAAUAGCAAAUCGAUGCACAAACGUCACUGGAGUGUCUUAGUGUCUCCUGGUGUAUUAGGAGCGUAUUGAUAACGAACACACUGCCAUUAUAAACGUAAUAUACACCCCCACGGUGCGAUGUUGUAUGCGUGAAGUUAGCGGUUUAAUUGUAUUGUACGAGUAUUGAGUAUUGACCGUUUAAGUUGUUAUGAUCUGUAGAUAGGUUCGAGUUGGACAGUGAUGAGAUCUUGCGCUACGAUACGUUGCCUUACGAGUGCGGCGCGGCGGCGCGGCGCGGGGGCGGUCGGCGCCACGUGUCGCGCCACGCGUGUGCCUCGCGUGCGCCACGCGUCCGCCACUCCCGCGCCACGCCACGCGCCCGCCACUAACAUAACUGCCAUACGAUAAGUAAUAAUUGUUAUACAACAUUCGACGCGUAGAGUUUCAUAAUUAGCUUCAUAGUUUCGGCUCCCGUCGGUGCACAGCUGGUCGUGUUUGAUACAUAUUAUUCAAUUUCGAAAGUGUAAUAGAUUUAUUAAGUAUAAUAAUCUCACACGAGAAAGUAAUAAUAAAUAAUGAGAACCCUAAUAUAAUUUGUGUCUUAGCUGAUAAAGUAACAUUAGUGAGAUAAUAAGUUUAUAUCGCUCAUUGAGAUAGAUUCGGAGAGACGACACACGCGACCACCGCUACAUGGGGAUGGAAGGAUGAUGGAUUUGGAGGAUGCGACGCUCGACGGUUGGACGGUUCCGAUGGUUCGCUGUUAGGACGUGUUGCCCUUUUCGUUGCCUUCAGCAGUAACAGUUUAUUAGUGCUUCUAGCGGAGUGUUGCUAGUGUGCCCACUGUCCAGUUCAGAGUCCACAUUUCAAACCGGCUCCGUUGAAACUUUGUAUAUACAUAGAUACCUUUAGAUUCUAUUGGCAUAUGUUUGACAUAUGUACGUUUAUUUUUAUUCAUCUAAAGAAGUACAGAUGGCUGUUGUUAUUUUUAUAUUAUUUGGGUAGAAGUAUAUUUCUUGUAAAUGACCUUUGUAUUUAUCUUUUGUAAGCUUUGUAAGACGUAGGGCCGUAGGUUAGUGUACGAACUACGAAUAUUGUGAUUGAUUAUUUCUUUGAGUUUGUAUUUACCGAGAUAUUUUGUUCUGCGUAUAUAUACUUCGUUUCGACAGAUAUUCUUAAUAACUUUGUUACUUCAGAGUGCAAUAUGUACAAAUAUUUACAUAUAAAAUGUACAGUCAAUUUUUAGUUUUAAUGUGUCAACGCAAUAUGUAUCGCUCCGGAUUCGUUGAAUGUACACAGAAAGGCAUAAUAAAAUGAUAUCACAAGUGAGUCGCGAUUUUGUCGCGACAUUCACUCUCACUAUUGUGUUUUUCUAAUAUUUAAGUGAUUAAUUUUAUUAUAGAGGAACUAGGCGAACUUUGUAUUUAAAUUUGCUUAUUUUUUUUAGCAGAUUAGAUUUGUUUACAUUGAUAAGACGAAUAUUGUACAUUUUGAAUUGAUUUUAAAGCGAUUUAGUUGUUAUUUAGUAACGAAUUUUCUUAUUAGGUGUAACUGGCAGCCUCGUGGAGUGGCUCGGGGUCCACUGAUACCAGUGCGACGCGUGCAAUGUGGAUGUUUAGUUGUGGGCACCGAGCCGCGCCUCGCGCAUGCGCACGCGCACGCGACCGCGACCCGCCUCCGUUCCGCCGCCUUACCUCUAUAUGGUUUCUGAUAUUUGCACUAGUUGCACUCUCAACGACCACCAGUGGAACAUAAAGGCCAAAAUUUCUCACUUCUAGUGCCACGUCUGACGAUGGAAAGGCUGAUAAGCUAUAAGGGCCCAUUCCGUGUUUGUCUAAACACAUUUUUUUUUUGUAUACUAUUACUUAAAACUUAUUAGUCCGCUGUAACUAUUAUUUUCCCCCUAAUACUUUGCCUUUGUGAACCCCGCGUUAUGUUUAACAACAAUGGUGAAGAGAAUUAGAUAUAGGGAACAGACAUGACGAUAUGUUAAAAUUUUAGAGAGUCAACUUUUAUAAAUGAUUACAAAAACAAACCGUGAAAAGGUGUGUACAAAAUGAGGAAAUUUGUAUGAAACUUGUUAUGCGAAUAAACUUACACCACAAGAUAAAUUAUAAAAAAAAUA